AUGGCUCUUGCUUGGGAUGAACUAGGCCAAACUGUUCUCCCAUACUUAUCUGUAUCAGCAAUCGUAUCAACUAUUGGCUUGUUUUUCUGUGGUUUAUCGAUUUGCCAACGAAUUCGAGCUCGAGGAAGCACAGAAGGAACGGGAUCAGCUCCAUUCCUGCUAGCCUUCAUCAGUUGUGCUUUCUGGCUUCAAUAUGGUCUCUUGAAGCAGGAUAACGUCGUUAUAUUUGUGAAUCUUGUUGGUUUUUGUUUGCAAACAAGCUAUCUGUGCUACUAUUAUUCGAUGACACGCCAAAGACGAUGGCUAGAUCGAAUUAUAAUUGCGGAGUUGGUGAUAAUGCUUCUAAUGGAAUAUUUCGUACACCAUGGAAAUUUGAAAGAUAAUGGCCUCGAACCUUUGGGGAUCUGCUGCGUGUUCUUGAAUAUUGCCAACAUCGGAGCACCUUUGUUGUCUGUUGGAGAAGUUAUUCGCACCAAAAGUUCCGAGUCAUUGCCAUUGCCCUUGUGUAUCGCUUGUUUCUGCGUGUCAUUACAAUGGAUGUUAUACGGGAUAAUAGUGGACGACUUUGUCAUUCAGUUUCCAAAUUACGUCGCCACUUUCUUGUCAGCAACUCAAUUGUCUCUUUUCGUCAUUUAUCCUCGAAAGCCACAUGUUGUAGGCAAGAAGUAUUCGCGUCUCAGCGAUGACAAUGAAGAACUUUGA